AUGACAGGAACAGCCCCACAACCGCUUGACUUGUCGCAUCAUUAUUCCUACACCACUAAACAUCGCCUCGCGAGUUUCGUCAAAAGCUACUACAAGUACUAUGCGAUCCCAGGACUUGCCAAUUUUGCUGGAGGCUUGCCACAUUCGUCAUACUUCCCUUACGACACACUUGAAGCCAACAUCGCUCGACCGGACCGCCUGAAGAAUAUUGGUACCGGAGAUUCAAAAUCAGAACGUUUGAUCGUUCCCAAACAAUCCCAGGCUACCGAUAUCCAACGACGCAUCGAUUUGAACACCGCUCUUCAGUAUGGCACUGCGGAAGGUUACCCGCCUCUGCUCUCGUUUCUGCGACAAUUUACCAAAGAUCAUCUCCAUCCCAAUGUCCCUUACGAAGGAGGACCCGAAGUUAUUCUGAGCUGUGGAAAUACGGAUGGUUUCUCAAAGGCCAUUGAACUUCUUACCAAUGUCUGGAACCCUGAUCGUGACUGGAUCCGGCAACGGGAGGGAGUGCUCUGUGAGCAGUUUGCUUACAUGAAUGCCAUUCAAACUUGCAAGCCACGAGGAUUAAAUAUUGUCGGAGUGGCGAUGGAUGAACAGGGUAUGUGUGCCUCGGGGGAAGGAGGUCUUAGCGAUGUUUUAGAGAACUGGGAUUUCCGACGUGGCCGUCGGCCCCACGUUAUGUACACUGUGACGAUAGGUCAAAAUCCCACUGGCGGGGUAUUACAGAUCGAACGUAAAAGGGAAAUCUACGCCCUUUGCCAGAAAUAUGACGUGAUCAUUGUGGAAGAUGAGCCAUAUUGGAACUUGCAAUUUCCGUCUGCUUACGAGAUGGAAGCCCAAGCCCGAGGUUUAUCGCUCUCAAGUUCACAAAAUUACAAUGCGGAAGGAAAAUCAUCUGGAUAUCCGUUUCUGGAUGCAUUGGCCCCCUCAUAUUUAUCGAUUGAUACAGAGGGCCGAGUGAUCAGACUCGACACCUUUUCUAAGACGGUCGCUCCUGGAAGCCGACUCGGCUGGAUCACUGCGCAGCCCGCUAUUAUUGAACGUUUGACUCGCAUCACCGAAUGUUCUACACAACAGCCCAGCGGUUUCGUGCAAGCCACAGUAGCGGAAAUGCUGCUGGGAAAGCAAGAUGGACAAACAAAAGCCCGUUCCUCGAAACUGCAAGAUUCCCCAGGAUGGCAGAUGGACGGCUGGGUGCAUUGGCUAGAAGGUCUGCGAGCGGGCUAUGAGAAGCGCAUGCAAUCCAUGUGCACCAUUCUGGAAGACAACAAAUUCUUGCUCUCUGGGAAAUCAGAAUCCUCCAAAUCUGCAAGUCAUGUUGAUGAAUGGGAGGUGGUAGACCGAGUUCAGAUGUUUGACUUCAUCUGGCCAAAGGCUGGCAUGUUUGUCUGGAUCGAAAUGAACUUCGACGAGCAUCCUCUUGUUUCUCAACAUAGCCCUCAGAAGCUAUCAACGGCGUUUUGGAUACAUCUGACGCAAAAACCAACUCUGUGCUUAGUUGGCCCGGGCAGUAUGUUUGCUGCAACUCCCGAGUCUCUCGAAUUGGCUUACAGAUAUAUUCGAAUUUCUUUCGCGCCAAUGGAUGCCGACGACGUCGCAGACUUCACGCAAAGACUUGUGGAAGGUAUCCGGUCCUUCUGGCAGCGCAAGAAUCUGGAUGGCCUGGAGGAUGAUGAUACUUUGGAUAUGCGGAUGCUACACUUGGGCCCUGGUGCCAACUUCUUGGCUCCUGGCUGCUAA